GUCGGCGCGCGCCGAGCCCGGAAGCGGCGCGGGCCGGGAGACGAGCCUGAGGGUGCGGCUGAAGCGCUUCGGUCCCCAUGGCGCUGUGGCGCGGCUCCGCGUACGCGGGCUUCCUGGCGCUGGUAGUGGGCUGCAUCUUCUUGUUGGAGCCGCAGCUGCCGGGCUCGGCCUUGCGCUCGCUGUGGAGCUCGCUGCAGCUGGGGCCCGCGCCCGCGCCCCUGGGACCCGGCUCCCCUGAGGGCCGGCUGGCGGCCGCCUGGGACGCGCUCAUCGUGCGGCCGGCCCGGCGCUGGCGCCGCGUGGCCGUGGGAGUCAAUGCAUGUGUGGAUGUAGUGCUCUCAGGGGUGAAGCUCUUGCAGGCACUUGGCCUGAAUCCUGAGAAUGGGAAAGAUCACAGCGUUCUGCAUUCAAGGAAUGAUCUAAAAGAAACCUUCGUUCACUUCAUGGGGAAGGGAGCAGCUGCUGAGCGCUUCUUCAGCGAUAAGGAAACUUUCCAUGACAUUGCCCGGAUUGCGUCAGAGUUCCCAGGAGCCCAGCACUAUGUAGGAGGAAACGCAGCUUUGAUUGGACAGAAACUUGCAGCCAACUCAGAUUUAAAGGUUCUUCUUUGCGGUCCAGUUGGUCCAAAGCUGCAUGAACUUCUUGAUGACAAUGUAUUUGUUCCACCAGAGUCACUGCAGGAAGUGGAUGAGUUCCAUCUCAUUUUAGAGUAUCAAGCAGGGGAGGAGUGGGGCCAGUUAAAAGCUCCCCAUGCCAACCGAUUCAUCUUCUCCCACGACCUCUCCAACGGGGCCAUGAAUAUGCUGGAGGUGUUUGUGUCUAGCCUGGAGGAGUUUCAGCCAGACCUGGUGAUCCUCUCUGGAUUGCACAUGAUGGAGGGACAAAGCAAGGAGCUCCAGAGGAAGAGACUCUUGGAGGUUGUGACCUCCAUUUCUGACGUCCCCACUGGCAUUCCAAUUCACCUAGAGCUGGCCAGUAUGACCAAUAGGGAGCUCAUGAGCAGCAUGGUGCUUCAGCAGGUCUUUCCCGCGGUGACGUCCCUCGGGCUGAAUGAACAGGAGCUGUUAUUUCUCAGCCAGUCGGCAUCUGGACCUCACUCCUCUCUCUCUUCCUGGAACGGGGUUCCUGAUGUGGGCAUGGUCAGUGACAUCCUCUUUUGGAUCCUGAAGGAACAUGGGAGGAGUAAAAGCAGAGCCUCAGACCUCACCAGGAUCCACUUCCACACGCUGGCCUACCACAUCCUGGCGACUGUGGACAGACACUGGGCCAACCAGCUGGCGGCCGUGGCUGCAGGAGCUCGCGUGGCUGGAACACAGGCCUGUGCAACAGAAACCAUAGAUGCCAGCCAAGUGUCUCUGAGGGCACCCCAAGAGUUCAUGACUUCCCACUCGGAGGCAGGCUCCAGGAUCGUAGUAAACCCAAAUGAGCCAGUAGUAGAAUGGCACCGGGAGGGAAUAUCCUUCCACUUCACACCAGUGCUGGUGUGCAAAGAUCCUAUUCGAACUGUGGGCCUUGGAGAUGCCAUUUCAGCCGAAGGACUCUUCUAUUCAGAAGUACACCCUCACUAUUAGGAAGGUGGUUGUGGGUAAUUUUUCUGAAGGAGGAGAACUAGCCAACUUAAGAAUGACAGGAAUUAAGUGGUUUGGAAAAUAGGACUGAGGAUGUCAAAACAGUUUCUAGAUCUAACUGAAAGACAGCCAAAGAAACAACAGAUUAAACUAUAUCAGAUACAUUCCAUCCUGUUGACAAUUACAUGAAAACAUUUCAGGUUUUAAUCAAAAUUUAGCUAUCUACUAACAAAACUGGAUUUUUGUUUUUUUAUGUUGUAUGUUACAGCGGUAAAAACUUGAUUCCCAUAUCCCCAAUUUAUGAAGCAUCAUCAGGUAUUUAGGCCAAACUUCUUCACCCUCAAGAGCAUGUCAGCUGGAGAAAGCACUUCCCUCCUUGCCCACUUCAGAAGUGCAUGCUUGCUCACCCACACUCCUCGUCUCCAGUGGAGCCCAGUGUGAAGUUCUUGUGUUCUCUCAGCUCAGCGCUCAUGGGCAGAAUCAUGGUUUCCAUUCAGUGUUAUAAUGAAAAUAUUUAAUGAGCACACCUUCUCAGUCUUCUGCUCUCAAACAGGACAGAGCCACAAGUAAGGACAAAACAGUCCCUCCUGUGCUUCCUAGUUGCAGUAGAGGCUGGGAGCCUUGAGGAGCCUUCGAAGGAGUCAGCCAUUCAGCACUUGACCAUCAGGGCAGCACUGUGAGCGGAAGGGCUAUGCCUUCCUGUCCUGGCUCCUUAGACUGUAGGCUGGCUGGUCAGAGGCUGCUGUGCCUGGGCCCAACCCCAUCACCCAGCUCUGGACAUGCUUUCUGCAUUAGAAGACUGAUCUUUGUUCAUUCUGAUCCUUGAAGGAGUUUCCUUUUACAACUGGAAUGUGCUUCUGUGUGUAUAACAGAUCAUAUAUGUUUUACAUUGACACAUCACAGCCAUUAAAAAGUUUGACCUCAUAAGAGCCCAGGAUCAUGAAUAAAUUUGUUAUGUAUUUAUUUUUUUAUAAAUCAAGAUUUCUGUGUGCUUUUAAAUAUAUUAAAAACAAUUUACAUUUCGGGAAUCCUAA